UGAAAUAGUGAAGCCGACUCCACUUGGCCAUGAGAAUGUGUGCAAAAUAAUUUUAUAAAUACAAUUCCUCCCUCCUGUCAUUCAUGUCUGAAACCAUUUUAGCUAAAAAGACCUCCUUUCCUCUCUCUCAACAAACCAAGAGGAGGAGGAGGAAGAAGAAGAAUAGAAAAGAAAGCAAAUAUGUCUUCACCAAGCAAACGCAGGGAGAUGGAUUUGAUGAAACUGAUGAUGAGUGAUUACAAAGUUGAAAUAAUCAAUGAUGGCAUGCAAGAGUUUUAUGUGGAAUUCAAUGGACCUAAAGAAAGUCUUUAUCAAGGAGGUGUGUGGAAGAUAAGAGUUGAAUUACCAGAUGCUUAUCCUUACAAAUCUCCAUCAAUUGGCUUUAUCAACAAGAUCUAUCACCCAAAUGUCGAUGAAAUGUCUGGUUCAGUGUGUUUGGAUGUUAUCAAUCAAAAUUGGAGCCCCAUGUUUGAUCUGGUAAACGUAUUUGAAGUGUUUCUUCCUCAGCUUCUUUUGUAUCCCAACGCAUUAGAUCCAUUGAAUGGAGAAGCUGCUGCUUUAAUGAUGCGUGAUGGCACUGCUUAUGAUCAAAAAGUGAAAGAAUACUGUGAAAAAUAUGCGAAGCCAGAGGAUAUAGGAGCGAGACCAGAAGAAAAAUCCAGUGAUGAAGAACUGAGUGAAGAUGAUUACCACUCUGAUGAUGAUGAAGUCGCUGGCAAAGCUGAUCCUUGAUUACAUUUAUUCAUGUAUUCUAAGUGUCUGUUCUUGUACAUGAAAUUCAACUCUUUUAAAAUGGAACAUUGAAACCCUCAUCAAAACCGAUGGCUUACGGGAGAAAUUCCUGCCCUUCUCUUUUUAUUUGCCAUGAAUGUUUUGUAAAUUAUUUUACUGUGGAUCAAUGUUUCAGACCUUCGUUACUGUUGGGACUAAA